AUGUCAACUACAUCUGCCCCCGCCUACAGCAAGCUGAAAAUGUUGUAUGAACUGUACUACGGGUUUUUUCCGAACAAGCCCACUUUCACUCCUGAGGAUUACCCAGAUCUAGCGGGGAAAACUGCAGUUGUUACAGGCUGCAACACUGGUAUUGGCCUUCACGUUGUUGAAUACUUGUAUAAGAAAAAUUGUAACGUGAUAGGGGUAGUCAGAACAGAAUCAAAGGGUAUUGCUGCGCGUGACAAAAUUGUGAAGGAAUGUCCUGAAUCUAAGGGGUCGAUCAGUAUCGUUGGUGGCUGUGACUUUUGUGACUUAUCAUUGAUCAAGGACACAGGGGUUAAAGUGAAGGAAAUAUUGGGCGAUAAGCCAUUGAGCAUAAUAAUACAUAAUGCAGGGUUAAUGGCCUCCAGUAAUCAACUGACUUCUAAACAAGGGUAUGAGUUGAUGUUUCAGACCAAUUGUUUAGGUCCUCAACUGUUACAACAUUUUCUGGAUUCACUCUUCUUGAAGAAGGAUUCCGAUCUAAAAAGAAUUGUCUGGGUUAGUUCCGGUGCUCAUUUACUUGGGUUUAAAGAUUACGGCAUUAAUUGGGAAGACCCCUGCUUUGAAAAGGUAUCCAAAAAUCAAAGAGCACAUGCAGCAGUCUUAUACGGACAGUCUAAGACUGGUAAUAUCUAUCAGGCCAAUGCCUGGGCUUCGAAACACAAAGAAAUUGUCGAGGAGAUUGGAUGUGUCUCUGUCUCAUGCUAUCCAGGUAAUCUAAAAACUGAUCUGCAAAGGGAUUGGAGCAGAAUUGGAAGAUGGAUCGGGAACCGCAUAUUUUGGGACGGAAAUUACGGAGCGUAUUCAGAACUUUAUGGUGCGCUAUAUCCGGGCCUUUCCACAAAAGACCAAGGUGUCUAUAUUGUUCCAUUUGGAGAAAUUCACGAUCCUAGAGAAGAUGUCAAAGCUGGAUUAUCCAAUGGGACUGAUUUAAAGUUCUGGGAUAUUGUCGAAGAAAAGAUAUCUCCUUUCUUCUGA